AUGUCUUUGCAGAAGAUCACACGUCUCCCCUCAGCGAGGCUGCUGACCUCCAUCCCUCCUCGCUCUGCGCCCAGACGAGCUGUGACCCAGGGUGAAUACAGACGACCCGGCCAGCCCAAAGAAGACAAGCUCCCGUGGCAGAACGUGAACUUUGACCUCUGGAGGGGUCUGGGCGGGAUAAAGAAACAUUUCACUCUGCUGAAAAAAGAGUUUUUUGAACGCUGGGUGGGUCCGGAGGGCAAACCCAUCCUGGAGCACAUGUUGGAGCAGAACCGGUUGGUAUGGGAGUUCAGGGGUCCGGAGAGCCUGGAGGAGUGGGUGGUGUCCUCGGAUAAGGAGAUUGGAGGUCAUAGUGAGGCGUACUUAAAGCUCGGCAAAAACAAUAACACGUGUUUUCUUUACGGGACUCUGAGCUCCACGCCGCCGAGGGACGGAGAGACACGCUACAGUGGCUACUGCAGCAUGCGCUCAAAACAACCGCAGGCUUCAUUCGACAGGAAGAAGCAUCACGACUGGACCAGUUUCAACACCCUGCACUUGCGAGUGCGUGGCGACGGGCGGCCCUGGAUGAUCAAUCUCGCCACAGAAACGUACUUCUCGCACCAGAAGGACGAUGUGUACUGUUACUUCCUGUACACGAGGGGGGGGCCGUACUGGCAGGAUGUGAAGAUCCCGUUCUCCAAGUUCUUCCUCACACAUCGAGGGCGGCUACAAGACGACCAGCACCACGCCUGGCUGGACAAGGUAAACACAGUCGGCUUCACUCUGGGGGACAAAGCGGACGGCCCCUUCCAGCUGGAGAUCGAUUACAUCGGCGUGUGCAAAGACUUCGCUCACACCGAGGAGUUUGCCUACGAGAUGUACAAGAAGAAUCCGGAAGUUUGAGAGGAACUCCUUCAGUGCUGGACCUGGACUGCUUUCUUAAAUAUCAGCCGACAAUAAAUACAUGCAACACCUUC